AUGAUGAUGGUUUAUUUGGUGUUGUUAGCAGCUGCAGUAUGUUCGAAAUCUGGAAAAGGUAACUUGAUAGCACUUUUAGAAUUUAGAACAUCUGGUUCUAGAUAUAAGUCUGAUUUUUAUAAUUACUUAGCACAUUUGCUUGAAUUUUGCAAGAAAGAUAAAGAUUCAAGGUAUUGGAUAUGGUGUGAAUUAUGUAAUGUCAGAAAAGAACCCAGUCUUUUGGUGUUAACAAAUAAACAAAAUUCUUUAGUGUUGUUAGCAGCUGCAGUAUGUUCGAAAUCUGGAAAAGCAAUUAUAUCACGCCAGUUUGUAGAGAUGACCCGUGCUCGCAUUGAAGGCCUCUUAGCAGCAUUUCCAAAAUUGUUAGGUUCUGGACGACAACAUACAUUUGUCGAGACUGAAAGUGUUCGAUAUGUGUAUCAGCCACUUGAGAAAUUAUAUAUGUUGCUAAUAACAACAAGAGCAAGUAAUAUUCUAGAAGAUUUAGAAACUCUUCGAUUAUUUUCUAGAGUGAUACCAGAGUAUUGUAAAAAUAUGGAUGAACAAGAUAUAACUGAGAAUUCAUUUAAUUUAAUAUUUGCAUUUGAUGAGAUAGUGGCAUUAGGAUAUAGAGAAAAUGUUAAUCUUGCACAAAUUCGUACAUUUGUGGAAAUGGAUUCCCACGAAGAAAAAGUUUAUCAAGCCAUACGUCAGACACAAGAACGUGAAGCAAAACAAAAGAUGAAGGAGAAAGCAAGAGAACUUCAACGAGCACGCCAAGAUGCUGCAAAGAAAGGAAGAACACCAGGAUUUGGUUCUGGUGGAUUUGGAAGUGGAAAUAUGGCUUAUCCAUCUUCACCUAUGAUUGGUGAUACAGCACCAUCUGUCCAAGAAUCACCAAAAACAACUUAUGUACCACCAAGGUAA